AACGGCAAAAACGAAAUCCGCGAAAACAGGAAGUGGUCUUUUUUGCUUAAUAAAAAAGUGGCGGAAGUAUAAUUUUGAAAUUUUGAAAUUUUUUUUUAUUAUCAUCAUGUCAAAGAAUGCAAUUAUUCUACUUUUACUUGGCGCCACAGCAAUGUUAUUGCAACAUACAGAAGCGAAACCAUUUCUUUUGCUGCCAAAAAAUUUCUUUGUGCUUACCACUAGAGCGCCUUCCACGUCUACUGCCUCUUCCUACUCCUCCUCCUCUUCAAGCUUUUCCGCAUCUGGUGGUCUCUUCCAGCUGCCUGUAAAUCUUAUAAGUCGGAAAUUGACUUUGGUAACUAAUUUACUUUCCUCCUUUGGUGGCAGUGGUGCCGGCAGUGGCAUCUUAGGUAAUAAGCUUGGAUUCAAGUUCAAUACAGCAACGACUACACGCCGACCUAGAAGAACAACAACGGAAAGAAGCACAGAACCGAAUACUAGUUUCACACCGGAAGUAACUACAGGUGCGCCAAAAACAACCACAAGCUAUGCCACUACUACCACAACCACAACAACAACCAGCAGCAGCACCACCACCACCGCUACUGAGAGACCUUCGACAACAAUACCUACAACAACAACAGCAACGACAACCACACCAGAGUCGUUAGUAAGCACAACAACUGAGGAGACUGAGGUGAUCGUUGGCACUACAACAGGCAUUCCGUUGAUCUUUUGGCCAACAGUGCUUCCUCAGCGUCCAGCAAUCAUUUCAACAACAGCAACGACAACCACACCAGAGUCGUUAGUAAGCACAACAACUGAGGUGACUGAGGAGAUCGUUGGCACUACAACAGGCAUUCCGUUGAUCUUUAGACCAACAGUGCUUCCUCAGCGUCCAGAAAUCAUUUCAACAACAGCAACGACAACCACACCAGAGUCGUUAGUAAGCACAACAAAUGAGGAGAUCGUUGGCACUACAACGGGCAUUCCGUUUACCAUUAGGCCAACAGUGAUUCCUCAGCGUCCAGCAAUCAUUACAACAACAGCAAGUGAUCGUGAAUCCACCACUGAGAUGAACAAAGGUUAUGGCUAUGAAAGACCGUGCCAGUGCCAUAGUGAUAAUGAAAUUUUCGAGGGUGAUAUAAGGGCCCGUUUCUAAUGAAAGCAGUAAAGUUGCUUUUACUAACAAGGCAGAUAAAUUGUUCCUCACUUUAAAGUAUUUUCGUUUUGUUAUCUUACCGGUAAAAAUAAAUUUUUUAUUCCGAA